ACCACUAGCACUCCCUCUAAUCUUUGACCCAAUCAACAUUCUUUCCGAAAUUCUCAUCAAUCACACACUUUCCGAAUCCCAUUACUAUGGGACCACCUUAGUUCGCUGCACUCUCAACCACCUGAGUCCCACCCUUCACUGUACAACCUCCCCCAACAAUCUCAAAAAUUCACAACAGAGGACAGAGCUCACAGAGAAAUCAGAAAAUGGCACCAACAAAAGUCAAACCAACCAUUCUCGUCAUCCUAUUAUGUAUUCUCGUUACCAUCACCUUAUCAUCUCAGCCGUCCCUCGCAUCACAGCCUUCCAAAUCCAACCGUCCCUCCUCCAAAUGGGCCCCACGCUUCCUCGGCAGAUUCUCACAACCACCGAAUCAACAACAACAACAACAACAGUACCGAUACGAAACCAAGUACUUUUCGCAACGACUCGACCACUUCAGCUUCUCCGAGCUCCCAAAUUUUCCACAGCGGUACCUCAUCAACACCGAGAGCUGGGUGGGCCCGGAGCGCCUUGGGCCCAUCUUCUUCUACUGCGGCAAUGAGGGAGACAUCGAAUGGUUCGCCGAAAACUCCGGCUUCGUCUGGGAAAUCGCUCCUCGUUUCGGUGCCAUGGUCGUUUUUCCCGAGCACCGGUACUAUGGUGAGUCGAUGCCGUAUGGAAGUAUAGAUGUGGCAUAUAAGAAUGCCACUACCUUAUCCUAUCUUACGGCUGGCCAAGCCCUCGCAGAUUUCGCCGUGUUGAUUAGGGAGCUGAAGCGAAAUUUGUCAGCCGAGGCUUGUCCUGUGGUGUUAUUUGGUGGAUCCUAUGGUGGAAUGUUGGCCUCAUGGAUGAGGCUCAAGUAUCCUCAUGUUGCGAUUGGUGCACUUGCUUCUUCGGCACCAAUUCUUCAGUUUGAAGAUAUUGUGCCGCCAGAAACAUUUUACGACAUUGUUUCCAAUUCUUUCAAGCGUGAAAGUACAAGCUGUUUUAACACAAUAAAGGAGUCCUGGGAUGCAUUAGUAUCCGAGGGUCAAAAAAAUGAUGGACUCCUGAAAUUGACAGAAACUUUCCACUUGUGUCGGAAAUUAAACAAGACACAAGAUCUGGCAGACUGGUUAGAUUCUGCUUAUAGUUAUUUGGCAAUGGUGAACUACCCUUAUAGCGCCAAUUUUAUGAUGCCUUUGCCCGGUCAUCCCAUAAGAGAGGUUUGUAGAAAGAUUGACAGUCUUCCUGACGGUAGUAGUAUUCUAGAGCGCAUAUUUGAAGGAGUAAGCAUCUAUUACAAUUAUACUGGAGGAGUUGACUGCUUUGAAGUGGAUGCUGAGGAUCCUCAUGGCUUGGAUGGUUGGAACUGGCAGGCAUGCACUGAGAUGGUUAUGCCAAUGUCUAGUAGCCGGGAUGUGAGCAUGUUUCCAACAUUUGAUUAUAAUUACUCUUCCUUUCAAGAGGAAUGCUGGAGGGACUUCAGGGUGAAACCCAGGCCUAGAUGGAUAACAACAGAAUUUGGUGGACAUGACAUCAAGGCCACCCUGAAAGACUUUGGAAGCAACAUCAUUUUCGCAAAUGGCUUAUUAGAUCCAUGGAGUGGUAGCAGUGUUCUGCAGAAUAUAUCUGAAACUAUUGUUGCUCUUAAUACUGAAGAAGGUGCCCAUCACGUAGAUUUACGUGCUGCAACUGCAGAGGAUCCUGAUUGGUUGGUAGAGCAGAGGGCAACUGAAAUCAAGUUGAUUGAAGGCUGGAUAAAUAACUACCAUCAGGAAAGGAAAGUGAUUUUCAAUAUGUAGAGGAAAGCUUGGUGGAUGCAGAUCUUUCUGCUAGAUACUUCUUUAAUCUUAUUGUCUGUGUUAACCCUGCAGCCAUCACCAGAUGAACAGUGUAAGACUUAUCUUUUUCUAAUGUCAAGGCCAUCAUGUUCAUCCUUACCACUUAUAAACCUUGUCUGCAAUAAUUAUGUAUGUAAAAGGUUAUGAAUUGGCCCAAGAGGCCUAAAUGUAUUACUCAGUCCAUGCAAACCUAACCCUAGACCCUACAGUUAUUAUAUAAACCUAGUAGGGUCAUUGUAAUUUAAUAUAUUGUUAAUAUCAAAGAUGUAGCCAAUAAGGACUUUAUCCCAUGAACAUAUCAUGUAAUUCCCUUUGUGUUUUAUCUUUCUUUCUUUCU